GCGCAGCAUGAAGCGCAAGGCCUCCUUCACCUGUCCCUUUAACGGCAAUUGCACCAUCACCAAGGACAACCGGCGCCACUGCCAGGCGUGCCGGCUCAAGCGCUGUGUGGACAUCGGCAUGAUGAAAGAGUUCAUACUGACAGACGAGGAAGUGCAGAGGAAGAAGGACCUCAUUCAGCGGCGGAAGGACGAGGAGGCCCAGCGCGAGGCGGAGAAGGAGGCGCGGCGACCUCGUCUCAGCGACGAACAGAGUCAGGUCAUCGCCACGCUGGUGGAGGCGCACCACAAAACAUACGACGACUCCUACUCCGACUUCUGCCGCUUCAGGCCUCCAGUCCGCCAGGGCCCGGUGACACGCAGCGCCAGCAGGGCGGCGUCCCUCCACUCUCUGUCCGACGCCUCCUCCGAUUCCUUCAGUCACUCCCCAGAAUCGGUGGAUGGCAAAAUGAACUUCAACAACCUGCUGAUGAUGUACCAGGAACAGGGCAGCAGCCCCGACUCCAGCGAGGAGGAAGGCUCCAGUUUCUCCAUGCUGCCCCACCUGGCGGACCUGGUCUCCUACAGCAUUCAGAAGGUUAUUGGCUUUGCCAAGAUGAUCCCCGGCUUCAGGGAGCUGACCGCAGAGGACCAGAUUGCUCUGCUGAAGUCCAGCGCCAUCGAGGUGAUCAUGCUGCGCUCCAACCAGAGCUUCAACCUGGAAGACAUGUCCUGGAGCUGCGGUGGGCCCGACUUUAAAUACCAGAUCAGCGACGUCACCAAAGCUGGCCACACUCUGGAGCUGCUGGAGCCGCUGGUGAAGUUCCAGGUGGGCCUCAAGAAACUCAACCUGCAAGAGGAGGAACAUGUGUUGCUGAUGGCCAUCUGCUUGCUCUCGCCAGACCGCCCAGGCGUGCAGGACCACGCGCGCGUGGAAGCCCUCCAGGACCGCCUGUCCGAGACCCUGCAGGCCUACAUCCAGCUCACCCACCAAGGCGGCAACCUGCUCUACGCCAAGAUGAUCCAGAAGCUGGCGGACCUGCGCAGCCUCAACGAGGAGCACUCCAAACAGUACCGCUCCCUCUCCUUCCAGCCCGAGCACAGCAUGCAGCUCACCCCGCUGGUGCUGGAGGUCUUUGGCAGCGAGGUCUCCUAGUGGCGGGCCCCGCGGGGCCCACCGGGGUAACGCUACCACAAACAAGAAGUCAGUGUGGAGAUAAUAACAGACAGUAAACAAGGGAACUACAUUCAGUACAACUUAAGCUAAACACUCAACUUCUGCCUAAUUACAAGGUUUUUAAGUAAGGGAUGCACGAUAGCAGACAUUUGAACCGAUGCCGAUCAAUUCCGAUAUCAACAUUUAUCUACAAACCCCGUUUCCAUAAGAGUUGGGAAAUUGUGUUAGAUGUAAAUAUAAACAGAAUACAAUGAUUUGCAAAUCCUUUUCAAGCCAUAUUCAGUUGAAUAUGCUACAAAGACAACAUAUUUGAUGUUCAAACUCAUAAACAUUUAUUUUUUUGCAAAUAAUCAUUAACUUAGAAUUUCAUGGCUGCAACACGUGCCAAAGUAGUUGGGAAAGGGCAUGUUCACCACUGUGUUACAUCACCUUUUCUUUUAACAACACUCAAUAAACGUUUGGGAACUGAGGAAAGUAA